UCCGUCCGUUAAAUGGACUUCUUCUCCAUCUUCUUCCGUAACAUACCAUUCGCUCAUCAAUGCAUCCUGAAUGGCAGCAACUGCGUAAAAUAUGAGAAGCCGCGACUCUCAUUGGUCCGAGUGGAAUGACGUCACGUCUCCGCCGCUUAGUACGGAAGGAACAUCUGUAGUGGAUGUCAGUGAGAUGCCAGUCAGUAUCAGAACUGAUCCUCUCCCGACCUCGUAGUGCACGUGAGACUGAGCGAACUUCGAAUCCAGUCAACCGUGAGUCUGAAGCAUGGGCGAAGACGCGGCAAGUAAGCCCAGGAAGGCCAUCUUCUCCUUCAUCACCCCCGCCACCACCGUCCGCGCAUCAUACUCUGUACAAAAGCGAUCUCUUACGAAAGCACUGCAAAGACAUCGAUGGUUCGACGAAGGAGAACUUCUCGAUACCAUGGAGAAAGGAGGUGCCGAAAACAUCCUUCCCCUCCCACUCUCACGUCGAUUUCCGUUAAAGCCUAUUUGGAAGGAUGUGGAUGACACUUCUCUAGGCAGGAGGCGGCGAAAGUCUGUCCACAGCUGUCGAUUCUGAGCCGGGUCGCGACAUCCGGGAUUAAUGUGUCUGGCUCCUCGUUCGGUUUUAAGAUUUAGAAAAGCGUAGUAAAUGGGAUUUUCUACAUCAUGGCUUGCUCCCACGAAAUCCGAAAGACUUCUUAAGAUCGGAUAAAUAACAAAAUAUCAGCAAAGAGUCCCUGUCAAAGUCUACGAAACGUGUUGAAAAUUUGAGCCACAAGAAGACCUGAUUUUACUUCUCUGAACUUUUUGUAAACAGGAUAGAACUUCAUUUUCCGCUUUCAUGGAUUUGUCCCGAAUUUCUAGAUGAGUUUCAUUUGCCAUUAUUUUGAAAAUACAGAAUACCAAAUAUCCGAACAAAGCAGGAUAGACCAUGUAGUUGUUUGGAAAAUCCAAAUAAAAGAUUUUUUUUUUCUGU